CUUGAAUUUCGAGUUGGAUGUCGAACACUUGACUGGAAAACUAAUAAUGUGAGAACGGUGGCAACCUUUCUCCGCUCCCAACCAAACACGCCUCUGAUCCCCCAUCUUUCCACAAAUUGCAUCAUUACUAACUAACUCGAAGACCAAGAGGAAACUCUAACGACACCCACAAACAAACGAUAAUAACUAACGAUGACUGGUCCCACCAACACGAAGGAUCCAAUGCUGCCUGGAAUCAACGGAGGCGGAGGAGCGCAAGAAGAUGAGGAACUGUCGAUAGCCGAAAGCGGCUUUAGCGACGAGUUUGACGGCAGCAGUUCGCGAGACCAGAGCAGUGGCACUGGGAAAUCUGGAACCGGUACAGACAGCGACGAAGACGGUGCCAAAGCGAUUCGAGCCCAGCUUUCGAAGGAGCAGUCUAGCAAUGUGUUUCGAUUGCGUUUGGUUGUGAUGCUGGUCUUGACGUUGGCAUGCGUUGUGCUUGCCCUGAUCAUUUACAAUCUCUCUGCCCGGGCGGAGACUGAUUCCUUUGAGAGUCAGUACGAGGCUGUCGCUUCCAAGGUCAUUGAAGGCUUUGAAAACAUCCCUGAUCGGAUGGAAGCCGUGGCUGGGUUGGGGUUGCUGUUUACCGCAUCAGAUCAGGACUGGCCGUUUUGUAACUUGAAGCACUUUCAUGAGAAAGCCAAGCAUGCCCGGACCCUUUCAGGGGCUCUUGCAAUAGACAUGUUCCCUCUUGUGACUGGAGAGCACUUUGACGCCUGGGAGGAGUUUGUGACACUGCCGGAAAGUAAGAAGUGGAUUGUCGACGAUCUCUUUCACCGCCAGAAGCAAGGAGGAGGUGGACACGACGACCACGAGGAACACGACAACCAGGACGAACACGACAACCAGGACGAACACAAUGAAGAACAUGGAGACGAUCACGAUGACCACAACAGCCCGGAAGUCGAAGAAGCCCAUCAUGAUGAUGAACCAGAAGAGCAUCAUCGAAUCCUGGCAAGAUCGAGUCGAAGGCUGAGCGAGGAGGAUCAUCAUGGUCAUGAAGAUGAGCACGAGGAUGAGCAUGAAGAUGAGCACGAAGACGAGCACGAUGGACACGGAGACCAUGAAGACGAGCAUGAUGGACACGACGAUCACCAUGACGAGCACGAAGAAGUUGUUUUCCUCAACCGCACUGAGCUGGCUAGCCAGGCAGAUGUGAGACCGAUGCACUACUUUGUAGAAGAUGGAUCAUGGGUUCCAGAACAACCCGGAGUGUCCACGUACUUGCCUUCAUGGCAAAGCAGUCCCUAUGUGUCGGGCAAGUUCCUCAAUGCGAAUCUGCUGAAUGACCCUUUCAACGGAUCUCCGGAGAUUGCUCAGCACGUCUUGCAUAGCGGUACAGUUGUUGUCGGAAGUUACCUCGCUGCCCCUCCAGGAGAUGCUGACAGUGCGAAUCCGACAACUUCACUACUUGCAAACCUUGAUUCCAUCAAACACGGAGGCGAUGACCACCACGACCACGGUAACCAUGGAGAAGAAGAAGGCCCAGCAUACAGAGGUGAUCCCAUGUCGUAUAUUUUUCUUCCAGUCUUCGAUAAGGUUGAAGAAACUGAAUCAGAAGAGCGAAAGGUGGUGGGUGUUCUGACUGCACUUCUCCAUUGGGUAGACUACAUCUCAGGAAUAUUGCCAGAUAAUGUCCCGGACAUUGUGGCUGUCUUGGAAUAUGAAUGUGGUGGUGGCUUUGUUCAUGAUCAUGCGACAGAAGUGGACUUGGGCCAUGAUGAUGGCCAUGAUGUACACAACCACCAGAGAAUCCUUGAAAACCAAUCUAUGGAGCAUGCAGAAGACGGACAUGACGACCAUGAAGAAGACGGGCAUGACGAUCAUGAAGAAGAUGGGCAUGACGACCAUGAAGAAGAUGAGCAUGACCAGCACUUAGAAGAAGACGAAGAUGAGGAUGGCCACCACACAGAAGAUCAACACGAUGAGGGACCAUUCAUUUCACAGAAUUAUGAUGGCUUGUUCACGUACCGCAUCCGAGGAAGCCAGGCUGUUGCAAUAGGCUCUGGAGACAUGCAUGAUCCCAAGUUCCAAAAUUGGAAACUGUCAGGAAAAACUAGAGGAGGGAGCCUUGCUGAUGGGACCGCUGAAGGGCUUCAGAUCGAUAACCGAUGCCUCUAUCGGCUGCAUGUUUAUCCAUCACAGGAAUUCUAUGACGAGUACAAUACAAAUGGGCCUCUGGUUACAACCCUGAUCAUUGUGGCUGUCUUUGUGUUUGCCAUCUUCAUGUUCUUGCUCUAUGACCAAUUGGUGGAGCACAGACAGAGACUUAUCCUGACCAAAGCAACGCAAUCAACAGCAAUUGUUGCCUCACUUUUCCCCAAGAAUGUGAGGGAUAGGUUGCUGGAGAACGAGGACAAGGGGAAGACCAAGGUCCAGUUCAAUAAUGGAUUCAGGAAGAGUACCAGUUUUAUGUCAGAUGAAGACAUGGGUAGCACAGCAAUUGCUGACCUGUUCCCAAACUGUACCGUUUUCUUUGGUGAUAUUGCUGGUUUCACUGCAUGGAGCAGUAUGCGAGAGCCAGUACAGGUCUUUGAGUUAUUACAGACAGUCUAUCAGGCCUUUGAUCAGCUGGCCAAAAAGCGGCGUGUUUUCAAAGUGGAAACAAUUGGGGAUAGCUAUCUCGCGGUGACCGGUCUUCCAGUGCCACAACCACAACAUGCCUUGAUCAUGGUCCGCUUUGCCUGGGAUUGCAGGAACAAGAUGAACGACAUCACAAGACGACUGGAAAGCAAACUGGGGCCUGAUACUUCCAAUCUCAAGAUGCGGUUUGGAUUGCACAGUGGUCCGGUGACUGCUGGGGUGCUACGAGGGGACAGGGCGCGCUUCCAGCUUUUUGGUGACACUGUCAACACUGCCUCUCGUAUGGAAUCCACUGGAGUGAAGAACAGGAUCCAGGUUUCAGAAGCCACUGCCUCACUUCUCCGAAAGGCCCACCACGAGGAUUGGUUGAUACCUCGAGAAGAUGAGGUCAACGCAAAAGGAAAAGGUGUCAUAAAGACUUACUGGCUUGUUCCCUAUUCAAAGCAAAGCUCCAGUCAAGGGGACGCUUCGGAGUGUCGGUCCUCUAGAAGCGUGAGCGGGUCCGAUGACUCCCCAUCUCCUGAUUUAUCUGACCCAGAGCGCACUAUUGACCAAAGCCUUGUAAAUUGGACAGUGCAGGUUCUUCUGGAUGAUAUCAAGAAGAUUGUCAACGCCCGUGGUACCUCCAAGACCAAGCAAAGAAAAGUAGCACCUUCCUACUUCCCACCACAAGGGCAGACAUGCAUUGGUGAGGUCAAGGAAAUUAUCCGAAUGCCCAGACUAGAUGUCCUGAAGUCUGUGAAGGAGGAAGACUACAGGCAGAUUGUCAUUGAUGCUGUUGUUGUGAGGGAGCUUCAGCAUUAUGUCAGCAGGAUUGCAAGCAUGUACCAUGAAAACAACUUCCACAACUUCAAGCAUGCCUGCCAUGUUUGCAUGAGCGUCAAGAAGUUGCUGAACCGCAUUGUGUCAGUGUUAUCUGACGAUGAUGCUGACAACUCCACAAGCAAUCCAACUGCCAAGAAAGUUGCAAUGCAACAGCUGUACGACUUAACACAUGGUCUGAGUACAGACCCCAUGGCCGCAUUUGCCAUGACAUUUUCAGGCUUGAUCCAUGAUGUGGACCACCGUGGUGUCUCCAAUACGCAGCUUGCUGUAGAAGAACCUAGGCUGGCUUCAAAGUACAGCAACCAGAGCAUUGCUGAACAGAAUUCACUGGAUAUGGCAUGGGAUGUGUUGAUGGAGGACUGUUACUCUAAUCUUCGGCUCUGUCUUUUCACUAGCCAAGAUGAACUUGUACGAUUCCGUCAGCUCAUUGUGAACGUUGUGCUAGCUACUGACAUCUUUGAUAAGGAAUUGAACGACUUGCGCAAGAGACGAUGGGCGCAGGCCUUUUCUGGUGAGGCAGUUGUUGGCAAGAAUAGCGAUCAUGAGAGGGUUGGAGUUGCUGAAGAUAGCGACAGACGAGCCACGAUUGUUAUUGAGCACAUUAUUCAAGCUUCCGAUGUGUCUCACACAAUGCAGCACUGGCAUGUGUACCAGAAAUGGAACAAAUGCUUGUUCUUGGAGAUGACGGCAGCCUUCCAUGCUGGGCGUUUUGCCAAGAAUCCUGCUGAUUUUUGGUAUAAAGGUGAGAUUGGCUUCUUUGACAACUACAUCAUUCCUCUUGCAAAGAAGCUGGAAGACUGUGGUGUCUUUGGAGUCAGCAGUGAUGAGUACCUGAACUAUGCUCUCAAGAACCGCGAAGAAUGGGCGGAGCGUGGCAGAGAUAUUGUUGCCAGCUGGGUUGCGGAAGAAAAUUCAUCAUCAUUGCAGCAUGUUCCAAGCAGUAUGUUGGUGGAUUCACGGGAAGUGCAACCAAAAAGUUUCAUUGGAGACGAAUCUGGGCUUGAGACCGGCAGCAGUAGUUGUGACGCAGAAGAGUCCUCGGGGUCCCCGAAAACUAUCCAGAAGGAACCAGUGUACAUUGACUGUUAGGGUUUAUUAGAUGUUUAAACAGUCAGGAUCUACGAAGUCAACCGUUUUGUAUCUCCCCCCCCCGUCCCGGCCGCUGAUUGUAGUCUCG